AGCGGUACUGGCGCCGCCGCCGUGGCUACCGUCGCCAAUGGCUGUGUGGCCAAGGUUAAGCGGACUCGGAGGACCGUGCCGAGAGACUCUCCUCCUCAACGCAGCUCGAUAUACCGAGGAGUCACCAGGUCACUAUCGGCUACCACCUUGAUCUCGGUUCUUGCGCUCGAGUUUUGGGUUUAGCUUCGGCGGAAUGAUCUGGUCUUUGCUUGUGCUUGUUGCUAACUAUGUUCAGGCACCGGUGGACCGGCCGGUACGAGGCGCACCUGUGGGACAAGAACUGCUGGAACGAGUCGCAGAACAAGAAGGGACGGCAAGUGUAUCUUGGCGCUUACGACGACGAAGAAGCGGCCGCGCACGCUUAUGACUUGGCGGCGCUUAAAUACUGGGGACAAGACACCAUUCUCAACUUCCCGGUCUCGACGUACCAAAAGGAGCUAGGAGAAAUGGAGGGACAGUCGAGAGAGGAGUACAUCGGAUCAUUAAGGAGGAAAAGCAGUGGGUUUUCUCGUGGAGUUUCGAAAUAUAGAGGUGUCGCAAGGCAUCACCACAAUGGAAGGUGGGAAGCUCGCAUUGGGAGAGUCUUCGGAAACAAAUAUCUUUAUUUAGGGACAUAUGCCACACAAGAAGAAGCUGCCGUUGCAUACGAUAUGGCGGCGAUAGAGUACCGAGGGCUUAACGCCGUCACGAACUUUGACCUCAGUCGUUACAUCAAGUGGCUAAAACCUAAUGCUGCUGCAGCCGGCGGCGGCGGUGCUAUUCAACCGGAUACCAACAAUAAUAACACCGAGGUCUUAACCACAGACCCCAGCAAUGAGCUUGGCCUUAGCUAUUUCCAGAAACCCCAAACAUCAGAUUGUAACAAAGAAGCUGUCCAAGUUCAGCCUCGGAGAGCCACGUCGGCCCUGGGGCUUCUGCUUCAGUCGUCGAAGUUCAGGGAGAUGAUGGAGAUGGCGUCUCGAGCCGACGACGCGACGUUGGCAAUCCUGCCGGAGGAGUCCAGUGAGGCCCUGAGACGCAGCUUUCCUGCUGAUGUUCAGACCUACUUCGAGUGUCAUCAAGAUUCCAACAACUUUGGUGGCGACGGAGACGACAUUAUCUUCCGCGAGCUCAACACGUACGUCCCGCCGAGUUUCCAAUGCGAGUUCGACGCGUGACAGGAGAGGGAGAUUACUCUCGGCUCGCGAAGAGGCACACACUAAUCAUGACAUAGGUCAAUUUUUUUUAUUCUGUGCAUACGAGGGAACCGAACACCUCGCCGGAGAAGAGCGCCAGGAAAAGAACGGAGUCAUUCAAAUUUUUAUAAGUUAGAUCAUCGGUGAAGACUAAUAUUUCCACAAGCACCGGAGGGUGACCAAAGAGUAUGCCCCUCCGCAUAAUUAGGACGGUGCUAGAGGACAUAUUUCAUCCCACCAUAGGGGUCUUCAAUAAGGUUCUAGGGUUUUUCAAUUUAAGCAAGGAAGGAAGGAAGGAGAUAAGCGACCAUCAUUCGGUUCAUUUGUUGUAGAUGUAAACAAGGAUCAUAGAGGGAUUGUGUACGCCCCCAAUUGAUUUUUUUUUUAGAUUUAUG